AUGAGCUUAGCGGACCGGGCGGAAGUGGUCGAGUUGCACUUUGAAGAGACAUAUCCCCUGCGUGAGCGUGUUCUCUGGCCCGGUCGACCAGACCUUGCAGCGCUCUCUUGCGAUGCACAAGGAAAGCACUUCGGCUUACGGCUGCCAAGUGAGACACGCGACGAGCUUGUGUCCGUGGUGUCUGUCUUUGCCAGCGAUGAUGGCCGGGAGGCGCAGUUCAGAAAGUUUGCGACUGCGUCCGAGUAUCAGGGCCAGGGUCUUGGGUCCAAGCUGCUGCUGCAUAUUAUCGAGGAAGCGAAGCAUCGUGGCGUGCAGCGGCUUUGGUGCGACGCGCGCACGGCACAAGCUCAUUUCUACGAGAAACGGGGAAUGCGGGCUGUGGAAGGUGGCGCCACCUUCCUCAAGAGCGGUGUAGAAUACAUUCGGAUGGAAAUGCUGCUGUGUGUUGGGACCGCCCUUUUCUUGGAUGGCUGGGCCGGGUUGAUUUUCAGGGCCAUGUCCGAGCCUCAGUGCUCAGUUCAAUGCUUGGUAUUGUUCAUUCCUGUAUGCCUGCAGUAUCAUAUCAUGAGCCAAGCUGCUUAUGCCUAUUAUUGA